AUGGAUCAACUUCCCCAGAGCGGAAGUCCACUCUUAUCCCCUCUUUCCCAAUCGACGUUCACUUCACCACCACCCCUUUCCUCUGCUGGCCUAUCAUCGCGAAUACAAGCUACACAUCCCAGAUUCAGUACUAUACUUCCAAACUCCUCAGGCUAUCUAUCGUUCUUGUCACGACCACGUCCAACUGCAAAUACAUCGUCAAUUCCACUUGAAUCAAAGCAUAGGUCAAAUGCUUUCUUUUCUAAUAUACGCAAUGUAUCUUCUCAACUUUGCAAAUCAUUCUCAACCUCUCGAGAUAAGAAGAGAAAUAUAUCUCGCCGGUUCUCACCUCCACAAGAAUACAUCAAGAGCCAAAGUCAACAGGCUGAACAAAACGAUGCACCACGUAGGAAAGAAUGGAGAGACGUUGAGCUAGAUUGGAAAUCACAAGCUAAAUCCUUGAAUGACGGUUACAUACAAUGCCUGAAUGCAGCUAGGUGUGUAUCAAUCAACGAUCCCACGAAAGGUGUGAGAAAUAACGAUGACGGCUCGCAACCCACCAUAAUCAUCUCUUCAUCGGAUGACCCCUCUUCCCCUCUCCAUACUUCUUCUUCCAACCUCCUGAAGUCCAAUCAAACCCAUCCAGAUGAGAUAGCACUAGUGAGCACAUCUCCUCUCGGUGAGAAUACGUUAGAACAGCAAGAUGAGGAAGAACCUAUUAGAUUUAUGGACUUUAGAGCUGGAACAGCCAAUUCAUCAACUAAGAGAGUACCCACGCAAAAAUCAGUUCAUCCUGCUCUGUUCAAUCAGUCUACUGGAGAUGGACGAAGAAACAAAAGUGGAAACGAUGAUUUUCCUUUGACAGAAUCGGAAGAUGAAGUUAGUAGAAUGAAACAAGAUGACUCAUUGCAAGAGUGCAAGUGCGAGUGCGAGUGCGACGAAAUCCACUCUUUCCAUUACGCGCUCAACCAGACUGAAAACCACAUAGAGUAUAGUAGGACCAAUGAUCGAGAUACACAAAGUACAGAUAGCAAUUGGUCUCUUCUAACCAACGUUGAUGGCGAAUCGACUCCACGAUGUCAAAUCAUUCGUCCUUCUUUCCGCUCAGAGUCGGAAAUAUCGAAUGAAGAUACAUCAAUACUUGCGUCAAUCAGACAUUCCUCUACGCUUGAUACUAACGAAUAUGGAUGCUUGCUCUCUUUCCCAAAUUCAGACACGAAGAACGUUGGCACUCCCUGUAUGCCCAGCACCCCACUCAGUUCGACUUAUCGAUCAUCAAGGAAUAUCAAUCCAUUUGUACACACGAAUGGUACUUUAGAUAACGACACUCCGAUUUAUUCACCUCAGUCCACAGUAGAUGCUACGCCUACAGCUCUCAGUAUGAAUAUCAUCUCGUCUGAUGGAGACACAUCUGCUCUCACUUCAGCAUCGACAGAGGAUAUGACAAGGUCAGCGGGAAGAAAUAUACAUAGGGAACAUAUGAGAAGAGUCGUGGUUCAAAAAUACAACGAAUCUCCUUCUCCGACUUCAUCCAUGCCUGGUGAUAUGCUCGCUUCAACUCCGGAGAACCAUGCACAUCCUAAAAGAGGAGAGAAGAAGGGGCUGAGAAGAGCUCUGGGAAAAGGGAACUGGUACAGACAGCAAACGCGUUGA